GUUUUUGUUCAUCACAAUGAGAAUUCAAAGUCAACCUUGGGAGGAAGUCGAGGUAUGUUUAAAAAUGCUUGGAAGCAGAAAGGAAAGGUUCGCCUCUAUUUUUAAAAGAGUCAAAGGAAUGAUUGAAAAAGGGGCUCUAGAUUAUGAAGACCGCCCAUUGUGGUACGAUGUAUACAAAGCAUUUCCUCCACGUAUUGAUCCUUCGUAUGAUCGACCAUGUCCUACUACCACAGUGCAGAAUAUUGUCUAUCCAGAAGAUUGUGAAAGAGCAGCUUUUUUCAAAGGUCAUCACAGGCUCGAAACAUUAAACAUGUUCAAACUAGUGGACAAUCGUUCGACACUGUCUAAGCUCUUAAAAAAGUGUAGGAAUUUGAGAGAGCUUCACCCAGACUUAAAUUCGGAAGAAAUUCUGUCAUUGGCUGAAAAGGAGCUAAAACAAGAUGAGACGAUAAACAAGCAAAAAUUCGAUAGUACUGAAAGCUAGAUUAGUUGUAUUGAUUAAAUUGUAUCUAUCUUUAGAAUAAAGCAUACUUUAAAUUUUCAUUUUAUACUUCGAGUUUGCUUGGAACGUCAGAUAAACAUUUUUAUAAAAUUAAUAUUCGUAAAAUUAAGAUAUUUUAACAUUGUGGAAAUAUUAGGGAAUUACCCGGAAAUUUUUUGCUAGCCUGGUGAAUUCGACGUAUAAAUGACUUAUUCGUUUACCAGUCGUGUUGAGUUAAAAAAGGUCGAAGUUUCAUUGAUAUCUAAGGUUUAUUCUAAAUAUAUCCCUUUACAGUAGUACAUUCUAAAUUUAUGUGUACUAACUCAUUGUAAAAGCUAAGAUUCAAAGACUACUUAAAGGUAGUUAAGUCAUAUUAGUAUUGCUAGUUCUAGUAGACCAUCUUAGUAGUUCGAUGGAAAAGAAGAAAUUUAAAUGCUUACCUACACAUACUAUUUCAUACGUAUAAUUAGUUUAAUAUUUCAAUACAAAAGGUUCUUUCUGAGGACUUAUAUCAGUUAAUCUUGUUACACUAUCCAGAUAUAGGGGAAAAUGAUCCUGUAUAGUUGACUUUCAACUUUUACAGGCAAACAGUUGUUUAAUGAGCCUUAACUUUGUGCGCUAUCUCACAUUUUUCACACAGGAACAGUAAAUAAAAUAAGAGGACAAUUGUCAAGAAAGAUAGACCAUUUUCAGUGAACAAAUGUCCAAAAGCUACGUAAAGGUGAGAAGAACCACUUUCGGCGUUGUGGUAGAUUUUUAGCCAUUUCACAUACUAUCUUUAACCUCUGCUCCACACAGAGUAUGUACAUAACUACACCCGUUAUUCUCAAGAUACAUGAACAAUAUUGGACAUACACUAACUGAAAACCUGUAGCUACACAUUCUCCAUUCUCAAAAUGGUAUCUAACGUAGACUAUCAUGGGCUACUGUCCAUCAUACAUGUUGUUUGAUAAACCAUUGGGGAUUUUAUUUGUAACGUUAUUUGAUAAAUCCUCAGUACGAUCCUUUUAUUUAAUUGGGGACUUCUCAGAUGGCCAAUUUAUAAAGUCUAACCGUACCUACCUCCUCAACAGGGUCAAGUAGAUAAUCAUUUUCUAAUAUAUGUCUCGAUUACUCUAGUAUUAGAGGGUCAUCUUUCAUUUGGCGAAUAGGAAACAUGUCCCAGUUGUUCUCAAACUUUUGCUUAACGGACUUGAGUAAUUCCGCAUCUUGUCAUUAAUCGGCCAGUUAGGGUAUUUUUCCUGCUUGUUGUAUAUCGAGUAGUGAGCUAGUAAAAGGAUUACCUCAUUUUCUUGGCUCAUAAGUUUUAUUUCUGGGACCAGUGUUGACUUGUCAGUGUCAUGUAUCUCAAGGAGCACGAAAGCCCAUGUUUUAUUUUUUUUCAAUUUUCGAACUACAAUUUCGGUUGUUCCAACAACAUUCUUUGAAUGUUAGUACGAUGGUGUGAUAAAAGCAUUUAAAAGGUUCUUAAAGUCCUUGGAGUGGAUUAAAAACUAGGGCCGGUUUAUACUAAAAUCAAGGUGUUAUCUUAUACACCUACCCUAGCUUCACUAGUCUAAUAAUUCGAACCACAUUUUUGUUCAUGGAUAUUACCACUUGACUUUAUAAACUUCGAUUGCUCAUGGGGUAAAUUGGUUAUUGACCAAAUCUCUGUGCUUGACGUGCAUUAUAUAUCCAACUCCCACAUCAACAUUAUUAAUAUCCAAGUAUCUCAAAAACGUCCCACGAAUUUCGACAAAAUGUACGAGCAACUAAAAAAUCACCUAUUUGAAAAGCGGCCUACAUUUAGUCAUGAAAGGCAAGAAACCCAAUCUUUCACCCACUGGGUUAUUACAGAUUCGUAUGUAUUAUCGGCUUUCUGUUGCUUCAUACGUAUUGUGUACACUUCUUGGGUAAUCUACGACGUUAUCAACUCAACUUCGGCUCAGUUUGCGACUAAGGAGAACCAAUGUUUAAUACUAUCAAUCAUAAGCAAUGUAGAACGUGGCAUGUAUGUGCUUCGGUCCAAGUUGGCACAUAACAUAACUACAGUGUAACUAAAUUACUUAGAUGAAUGAUAAAGUAUUGGUUUCAAUAAUAUUAGAAAGAUUAUGUAUAGAACAUAUGAUUGGAGAAGUUAAUGGGGAGAAGGAUUUUGAAAUUAUGUAUCUACAGAAAGACAAACAGAGUUCAUUUACGUAAUUGUGACGGGUUUUGCACCACGUCAUUUAACGUCUCCAUCCGUCGCUCAAGGUAAUCACCUGGAGGUUCGGUGCUUUUUUUGAUAUUACGUUUUGAUUAUUAGGCCACACUUCUUGUAUUCCCUACUAAACCAUAUUCAUAUAAUUGGUUGUCGACGUUCCUAGUAGUGUUAUUCGCGCGAUAUGGUCAUUUUGGAUUUCCUGUUUAUUACUGAAUAAAAACGAUAAUAUCCUUUCGUUCCUAGGUUUAUAUAGAAGCUUAAUAUUUGUUAGGUCUUCACUUCUUGUCAACUUUAUGAUGCAUUGUAUGAAUCGCAACUUUGUUUCCCACAGAAAAUUCGGAAUUUAUAAAAUCUUUGAGAUUUUAUUGGAGUAGUUAUUGCUGUUUUGUGGCACUUGUUGUUAAAACAGUCAUUUAUAUCCUGGUAUUUCUUAAUAAAAGGGAUAACAAAGAGCUGAUUACAGAAGUAUUAUUGUGAUUUAUUUUACCACUUAUCCUGUGGCUGCAUUACACUUGAAAAAUAUGUGAGCACGUUUAAAAAGAUGUUUACAAUAUGUCAGUAUUUCGUCCUUUCGAAAAUUAUGUUUCAUAGUCAUAGACUGAAAUAGCAUGAACUGUUGCUUCUAAGGAGUAACCUACUAGUUGGUGCUUUUAGCAAGAUUUUUUUUACGGGAUGGGGUUGCCGACGCCAUGUUUAACCCUCCUCCAUUACCCGGGCUUGGGACCGGCAGUAGCUCUAGAAGAGCUACAAGCAGAGUUUUUAAGGGGUAAAAAUACACCUUAUCCGAGGUGUUGCGCAAUUUCCAAUAAUGUCAAAUAGAAAGUUUGUGUUCAUCACGAGGUUUCGUCAGUCACCAAUAUGACUGGGUUGUGGAAACUAAAAGUUGGGUUGUUUACCGCUCUCAAACACUUCACUAUUUCGUAAACUGGACAGUAAUGUAACUGCAAUAUGAUGAUCACAUUCAAAGCAUUCCUCAAAUAUAUGUUAGGAUGUUCAAGAGACUGCAUUUCGUCGAGUUUUUUGGUUAAAUAGGGGUAUAUCGUCUAAGUCGACAAAAGUCUUCAGGCGAAAACCAGGUGAAUACAAAGUCAUCUCUGGAAAUAUGCUUAUAGAGAAUGAAAAAGAUGAUAAUAACAAUAACAACUACUUGACGUUUCUAAUUCAGAUGGAAUUUGUACAUAACCUGUGGUCCGGUCAAUAGUAAAAGCGUCUGUGAUGUAAUGUACUUUCCAGACAUUUCCAUAAAACCUCUCAACUGGUAGGUCUGAGUGUAAUUUAUUAGUGAGAAAUUUCGUUUACGAUCGGGUGUUAAUAAAUUAUAUUCACCAUAACUUGAUAAAAUUUAAAUGUAUGGUCGUUGUAUUCACAACAGAUCUGGAAGCUUCCUGACUUCUCAGGAUUUGGAAUCACCGGCCUUGCAUUAAACGUAAGGUUAUUACAGAACCAAAGGACUAUGUUUUACACGACAAUCACAAAAACCAACUUGAUACUCGUUCAUCAAAACCUCAAUUAAUAUCGACUAAUUUUAGAAGUAUUUGAUUUAUUUUAGCUGCCAACAUUUUUUUAUAGUAAAUUGUGUGAAAUCGCUUUUUCAGGAGUUGAUUUUCUUAGGCACUGCAUCUGGAUAUCCGUCACCCCAUAGGGGAGCUUCUGGUGUAGUAUUACGUGACUUAUGUUCUGGUUCACAAUGGUUAUUUGACUGUGGUGAAGGUGUGCAGAUACAAGCGCAAAAGUCGUCUUUCGUUCACUUUGGAAAAAUCAAUUCUAUUUUUAUUUCACAUCUUCAUGGGGAUCAUAUGUUUGGUCUUCCUGGACUUUUAUGUACAAUAGAUCAGAAAGGUGAAGCUAAUAGUGUCGUAUUAGAAGAUGUAGACCGACAAAACGAUGGCGCCUCCAUAAACAUUUAUGGGCCAAAGGGACUUCGCAGAUUCCUUCGACUUGCUCUUGCAUUAUCAAGAGCUAAUUUAAGCUACACUUAUGCUGUUCAUGAGUUGAUACUAGAAGAAAAACAUUGUCCUCCAAAUUGGCAAGACUGGGCAUGUUUAGAGGCUGAUAUAACUCGAGAUCCCCCAUUAUUUUGUGAACGUUCUGGUAGAGACAUUUUUGCGAACAGUGAUGGAUUCUGGUAUAAUGUUACAAAUAAUGAAGAGAACUGUGAAAUGGUGCAUGCAGUGUCUAUAAAACAUACGAUUCCUUCCGUAGGUUGGCUGAUAAUAAAGCCGGAUCAUGCACCUUCCUUGUGUGCUGAGACAGCUAUAAAAUUAGGCGUUCCCAAAGGACGAUUAAUGGGUGAACUGAAACGAGGUAAGACAGUUGUCAUUGAUGGUAAAACAGUUCGACCUGAAGAUGUGUUGAAACCGCGUUUAAGAGGUCAUCGUAUCGCAAUUAUGGGGGAUACGUAUGAUUCUUCUGAACUUUUACGUCUUAUGCAGGUUUUGCAUACUGCAAAUCAAAUUACUUCUAUAACUUUGGAUACCCUUGUACAUGAAGCUACUUUAGACGACAGUUUAUAUGAGGAUGCAUUGAGCAAAGGUCAUUCUGUACCAAGAGUUGUAAUGAAAUUAGCCUGUCAACUCAAUGUUCGUCAGUUAGUUUUAACACAUUUCAGUCAUAGAUAUGAUCGAAUAGAUUCUCCCGAUGAAAACACUAUAAAAAGUGAAAUUGGUGAACAGGUGAAUCAUUCAAAGAAAUCUAAAAAUGAUAAGAAAAACAAACCUAGUUUACAAAUUAUCUUAGAUCAAGCCAAAUCUACAGAUUUCAGUGGAGAUAUCAUUUUGGCUGAUGAUCAACUUUUAGUGAAAAUCCCCCCUGUAACACAAUAACAAUAUUAGUCACUACAGAUCUAGCUUUAAGAUGGAACAAGAAAUCUCAUGAACCCCUGAUAAAAACCUUUCGCAUGUUCGAAUGGGGAGGUAUUAGAAAGUGUGCAACCGAAGAGCAUUAGUUCAAGCUGUAACACUUCAAAAUGCAUAUUAUUGAAUCAUAAUGGUAAGUAGGUGGACAUUGUACAAUAUUUUCAUAUGACUAGUUUUAUUUGCAUAGAUUACAAUUCAAUUAGUAAUUGUCUAGAUUUAUCGCUUAUGUCUAAGAUUUGACGAUUUUUUCCUAACCCAAAGCAACUUUAAUUACGGUGUCUACCUGUCACUAGUGUGACUACUUCAAUACCUAUAUUUCAAUCUAGUGUUAACUCCGAAUCAAAUUUACUGUAACACAACAGUUCGAAAUGUACAACAGAAUCCCGAUGUACCAUUGACUGUGCGACAAAACCUACUAUAUUUGUAUAUCAGUGAUGAUACCAAUAAGCGUCAAUUUUACAAGCAAAUUCUCAGGUGAAACAAAUAAAUUCAUUUUGUGAAGCUCGAUCUUAUCAAGUGUUAUCGUUUCAAUUACUUCAUGUAAAGGAUGCCAAAACCAUAGAAUACGCUUCCCACCGAACGACUAAAAUGCCAACGUACAUUGAAAAAUAUCGUGUCUAAAAAUAGUGCACUUUAUUUUUGAGCUAAAGAUUUAUUUAACUUGUGGUAAAGUUCCCCAAAUGAUGAACAAUUUGCCUCGCCCACCACAAUCUAAAAAUACCAUUAUCGAAAUCAGAUAAAUGUUCUUUGAGUACCAUUAUUACAAUGUGCCAAAUAAUUUCUCGAGUACUUUAAGCUAUCAAUAUUUACGCUAUGAAAAACCAAGAAGCCUCACUUUUCCUCACACUGCCAACGUCACAAAAACCUUCUUGCUCCUGAACUUUCUCCUUUUAUCUGUCAUUAUACCGUAUUAGUAACAAUAUCACCCACAAUUUUUAAUAAAACUUCCGUAAACAGUAUUAAGGAAUCAGAUCUACGGACUAUUAAUACCGAUCUACUGAAGCAACGCUUCAGACUAUACAUUGAAGAUUACAACGUCCGAAAACAUUAUUAAACCAAAUACAGCACAAGUUUUCAACCGAGAAUUUGCUAUCUUGAGAGAUGAGUAUAUAAGCGAAACAGACCGAUUGACGGAACUGUCUCUAUUUUGUUACAUGGAUAUGUUUUCUAUAAGACAAAGAAAAAAGUUUAGGCGUAGCUAUUCACUGCAAUCACUUUAAAUCUACUUGAUUAUAGAAAUAGGUAUGUUAAAUAAACAUAGCUUCAAAUAUAGCCAGAAAGUUUUGGAGUUGAAGCCUGUCUACAUUAUGUUUGAAUGGUCAGCGCAUUUACUCGUUGCACCCCUAAAAGAAC